AUGACGAUCAGGCUUACUAUCAGAUACCGGGCAAAUGCAAUUAAAGCAAAUGUGAUGGGAACAGACACGUUGGAGAUGCUGAAAAUUCAAAUACAGGAGAUGACAGGGGUUUCUGUUGAAUGCCAGGUACUCUUGUUCAAUGACAGGGUUCUUAAUGACAAUAACAAGGAGCUCAAGGAGCUGGGGGUGAAUACGGACUGUGUUCUUUAUCUGAAGAAGAGGAUGGAGAUGCAAGGCGGAGGUAAGAAGGAGGACUUCAGCACAUCGAUGAUGAAGAACCCACUUGUAAAGAACUUCAUGAAGAACCCUGAUGCAAUGAAAAGCAUAAUUGAGAUGUUUCCUGGGCUCAAGGAUGAAAUUGAUAGCAAUCCAGAAAUCCGAAUGAUGAUGAACAGCUCCAGCCUACAGGAAGAACUAGAAAUGCUUUCCAUGAACCCCGAGUACAUGAACACACAACUGAAGAACCUCGAUAUAACAAUGUCGAAGCUUGAGAACAUUCCUGGGGGAAUUAACAUGAUCAGUAGUAUGAUUAAGGAUGUGCAGGAUCCGUUAUCUGCAUCUCUCAAGGAUGGGAUCAUUGGAGGAUGUAAGGUUAGAGAAGGACGAAAGAUCGACAGACCCAUUCACGAGGCAAUUCCUGGAGGAGGCGGUAUGAAGGAAGAGAGUCAGCUUGUAAAAUAUAGAGAAAAGCUUGCAGAGCUCAAGCAAAUGGGAUUCCGAGAUACAAGAAAGAAUCUGGAUGCCCUUAUUGCAUGUAAUGGAGACCUAGAAGGAACUAUAAUGCAUCUGGGCAGGGAAGAUGGCAAAGCAUCAUGA